GAGGCUUGAUCGUUCCGGCUCAACUCCCAAGUUUACUUGUGCAAGCCUUUCCGAACUCACCGUCGUACAUGUUCGUGCGAAAGAACCCCUUUUGCAUCCUCGUCCAAUGCUUGUAUCACCACCUGCACCUUUCGCAUUCCUGUAUUUUUCUUCACUACAUCCCUCUUUCCGAUUCGAGUUUGCUGGAGUACAAGCCGUCACGACAUUUGGGACUCAUAGAUUUGCGCAUUGUACCACUUCCUGGCAUAUGGACAACGAUUGAGACUGGCCCCAGAAUUUGGCUCACUCGAAAGCAUACGUCAAAAGGGCAUCUUCGAAAAAGAAUCGUCGAAAGCGAAUCUACAAAAAGGGAUAUACGGCCGGCAUCAUGACCGUGAUAUCGCUCUACUCCGAGGCCGCUCCUCACCGCACGGCACCUUCACAAGCACCCUUCGAAAUUCAGAGCGACAACGCAGAUGGCGAUACUUUGGCCGACAGAUACCAAAUGUUGGAGGAACUAGGCAGUGGCUCCUUUGGCGUCGUCUACAAAGCAAUCGAGAAGGAUACGGGCGAAAUUGUCGCCAUAAAACAUGUCGACCUCGAAUCUUCCGAAGAAGACCUCUCAGAUAUCCUCUCCGAAUUAUCCGUCCUCUCAUCUUGUUCGAGCCCUCACGUUACGAAAUACCGCCUCGCCUUCUUGCGUCGCCAAACACUCUGGAUCGUGAUGGAAUACCUCGGGGGCGGAUCCUGCGCGGAUUUACUUAAACCACCUCCCCAUCGCCUAUCAGAGAGCCAUAUCGCUAUCGUCUGUCGGGAACUGCUUAUGGGCCUGUCAUACCUACACAGUGAGGGCAAACUGCACAGAGACAUCAAAGCCGCGAACGUCCUGUUAGGAAUGGACGGCCGUGUCAAAUUAGCUGACUUCGGUGUCGCCGCGCAGCUGGUCGGCCUGAAGAGCGUGCGCAAUACAUUCGUUGGCACACCGUUCUGGAUGGCGCCGGAAGUCAUCCAGCAGGAAGGACAUGAUGCAAAGGCCGACGUCUGGAGCUUGGGGAUCACGGCAAUGGAAUUGGCGAACGGGGAACCACCACAUGCCAAUGUUCAUCCUAUGAAAGUGUUAUUUUUGAUCCCAAAGCAGCCGGCGCCCAGACUCGAAGGUGGACAUUGGUCGAAAGACUUUCGCGAUUUUGUGACGUGUUGUCUGACCAAGGAUGUCGACCGGCGGCCGAGUGCAAAGGAAUUGCUCAAGCAUAGGUUCAUAAGAUCUGCGGGGAAGGUUGAGGGAUUGCAAGAACUCAUUGUACGGAAACAGGACUGGGAAGCCCAAAAGGGUGGCGACCGGAACUUGAAGUACUAUGCUGAGACGUUGAAGAACCUGAGCAGUGUAAGGGAGGACGAUGAUUGGGUGUUUGAGACGGUGAAGGCGGUCCCGACCAUGGAUCUGAGAGGCGUGCACCCUCAGAAACGGCGGAAGGUGUCGAGGUCGAACAACACUGCCGAUGUCGUGCCGGAACAGAGCGCGAUGAAGAUGCUGGAGAAUAUGUCGCUGGGACAAGGGCAGCAAAGUCCAACCAAGCUCACCAUGCGCAAGAUCCCGGAAGCAAGACCGGAGAGAAGAUCGUCGGCGGAGUAUUCACCGAGUAUGGGUCGACGGACGGCGAGGAAACGAGUCUCAAGCCAGAAUCACGCCCGGCAGCCGUUGGGCGUGAACAUCAGCUUUGGCAACUCGCCAAGCACGGUGCGACAGUUCAGAAGGGUGUCGUCGAAUGGGGCCAGCAGCCUGAAUGAAGUGGCUGGAGAUGGAGACGAAAACGAAGAUCCUAAUUCUAGUGUGAUUAGGACGCCAUCCAAGAAGCCCGGCCUGGACGUGCUGGUCAACGUCGAUAUGGACAACUCCCUCCUUCAACAAAAGGGGUCCAGAUUCAGUUCGACGGCGAGCACUCUUGCCAUGGAGUCCAAAGAGGCGCAGUUGGGACGGAAGUUGUAUGCCAAUGCAAUUGGCAUAAGCUGCCAGGAGGUGCUGAGUGACACGGCGGAUGAAGUCAAGAGAGAAGCUGUGGCGCGGUUGGCAGAGGCGUUUUCCGAUCUGGAGAACGUGGACCCAGACGGUAUGUAUCAUGUCAUGAGGGGUGUGCUGGAGAGGAUGGGAACGGAUGACACCCUCAAGACAUUACUCCCGCAAGCAGCAGUGUCAGCAUUACAGGAUCAGCGGCCCAGCCCGAACCAACCGUUGGAUUACCAGGCUGGAACUGGAACUGGCGAGAAAGACAACGAGAAUGAGAACGAGACAAGGUCGUCACGGUCGCAGUCGCAGUCGCAGUCCCAACCGCAGAGUUCGGUGUCGUCGCCGCGAAGAACAAGCGAAGCUGUCCAAGCCAAUGCAAGUCGACAAGUUACGCCAUCGACGCCCCGGGCCCAGAAAUUGGUCCUCGCACAGAACAACCCGCACCUCAAGAGUCAUCGGAGACGGCAAAGUGCACAGGUUGGUGGGAAGAGUAGUAGGGAGCCAAGUUCGGGUUCGGCAUUCGUCAAUGGGGCGAGUCCAUUGAAGAACAAUGUCAGCGUCAACGCCUAUGGAAUGGAGGAAGACGGAGGACAUGGUCACAAUCAAAGCCAGAGUGAGAGGCAGGGUGAGAAAGAGAUGAUGAUCGACCUGGUCGGCGGACUGGAGCAUACGAGACAGCUUGCCGAUGUGCUGUUUGAGAGAUGGUGUGAGGGCUUGAGAGUGCGGUGGCCUGCUGUGUAAAGCAGUACCUGCACGGAGUAAACACCAGUUGGAUUGGCUUGGAUUGGCUUGGGAUGGAUUCGGUUCGAGUGUUGAGAGAUGUAUUAUAGCAUACCACUUUUUCUUCUUGUGUUCUUUUCAGCUCAUUGCAGGGCAGUCGCGUUGCGUCUGGUGUAGUGUGGUCUGGUUGGCUUUGCGUUGGCAUGCCCUUUUCUCCUCUUCUCUUCUCGAUUCUCGUUUCGUCUCGUCUUGUCUUUUCUUUUGCUUUUAUAUACACGGGCUGGGAGUUUUGCAUGGCGAUGGUUCAGGUGCAGGGCGUGUGCGUGCGGGUGUGUGAGCGUGGUGAGCGAUUGUGCUGUGUUGUACUAUACCUAGGUAACAUUGAAGAACAAAAGUCAUUUGAUGGUUGCG